GUGUUACAUACUUACAAGUUACUUUAUUAAAGUAAUAAAUAUUAAUUCUAAAUAGGUAUUAGGUAACUCGUAUAGUUGUAUAUUCUAGACAGUAGCUAGUACAUUUUGAUUUUUGGAAUUUUGCUUCUGGACGACGGAUAUGAGUACAUGACUACAUAGUUCACUAGUUAAAGUUAGAUCACAGAAUAAAUACUUAUUAUCGAAUUGUAGAAGAAAGAAGUAACAUUUUUAACUGAGUUUAACGAAAGUAUUCCAAAAUGAAUGUUCUACUACAGGGAAUGAAAAAUUUAGUACUUAAUAAAUCGCUGGGAGAAACGACUAGGUGUAUGGCAUCACUUUAUCAAAUGCACAAGACCGGCCCACACAAAAAGCCAAUGUUCAAACGGAAUCCGUUGGGUGAUAAUCCAUUUUUAAAAGGUGUUAUACUCAAAACACUGAUAAGAAAACCAAAGAAACCAAAUUCGGCCAACAGAAAGUGUGUCUUGGUACGAUUGAGCAACGGCAAGGAAAUGAUUGCUUAUAUACCCGGUGAAGGGCACAAUCUACAAGAACACAACGUUGUAUUAGUGCGUAACGGGCGGUGUAAAGAUUUACCUGGUGUAAAAAUAACGUGCGUUAGAGGAAAAUUUGAUUUACCACACGUUGUGAAAAAAACACAAACAAAUUCUUAAGUCUAUUAGUAUUGGAUCAUUUUCAUUUUCAAUUUUUUUUUUUGUAUAUUAGUCAUUAAUAAAAUUAGAUUAUAAUAUUAAUUCAUUUUA